AUGCGAUUCUUCAACCUAGCAUGGCUGGUGCCGGUUGCCCUGGCGGUUCCUCACUUCGAUCGUUCGAAUACCGUGUCGACCGUCAAGCGUGAUGGCAUCACUUACAAUGUGUUCGAGCAUCGUGCGACCGGGUCGAAGCUCGAGUUCGUCAAGAACUCGGGCAUCUGCGAGACUACCCCGGGGGUGAACCAAUACUCCGGAUAUCUGUCGGUCGGAGAGAACAUGAACAUGUGGUUCUGGUUCUUCGAGUCUCGCAACGAUCCUAAAAAGGCUCCCCUCGCAGCAUGGUUCAACGGCGGCCCGGGCUGCUCAUCCAUGAUCGGACUCUUCCAGGAACAUGGACCCUGUCACUUUGUCGACGGUGAGAAGAAGCCGUCGCUAAACGAACACAGCUGGAACAACUAUGCCAACAUGCUGUACAUCGAUCAGCCGAUUGGUGUCGGCUUCUCCUACGGCACCAAUAAUGUCACCAGCACCGUGACGGCUGCUCCGUACGUGUGGAAAUUGCUUCAGGCAUUCUACGAUCAGUUCCCGGAAUACGAGAGCCGUGACUUUGGUCUUUUCACCGAGUCCUACGGAGGUCACUAUGGGCCCGAAUUCGCCUCCUAUAUCCAGGAGCAGAACAAGGCCAUCGAUUCUGGCUCUGUUGAGGGUCAGAAGAUCGACCUCGUCGCCCUCGGCAUCAACAACGGGUGGUUCGACACGGGCAUCCAGGAGCAGUCCUAUAUCGAGUUCGCCUACAACAACAGCUACCGCUCCUUGAUCUCCAAGAAGGAGCGUGACGGAUACCUCCAGAACCUCAAGGAUAUCUGUCUGCCGGCUGUGGACAAGUGCACUGAGACCGGAACGAAUGCUGCCUGUCGCGAGGCCUCUUCUACUUGCUACUCUACCGUCGAGGGCCCGAUCAUGCAGGCUGACGACUUCGAUGUGUACGAUGUGCGUCGGCCGUCGGAUGACCCCGAGCCCCCAUCGACUUACAGCGACUACCUGGCCGAUGAGGAGGUCAAGAAGGCCAUCGGAGCUCGGUCCAAAUACAGCGAAUGUGCCAACGCGGCGAGCACUAAGUUUGCGACCACCGGUGACAACCCUCGAUCUUUCGUGUCUGCUCUGUCCGAGGUCGUGCAGUCUGGCAUUUCCGUGCUUGUCUGGGCCGGUGACGCUGACUGGAUCUGUAACUGGGUUGGUAACUACGACGUGGCCAAUGCGGUCAAGUUUGAUGGCCAAGAUGAAUUCAAGGGCAAGUCGUUGAAGCCGUACACCGUCAACGGUACCGAGAAGGGAACCUUCAAGACGGUCGACAACUUCUCGUUCCUGCGUGUCUACGAAGCUGGUCAUGAAGUCCCUUACUAUCAACCGGAGGUUUCUUUACAGGCGUUCAAGCAGACUUUGCAGAAGAAGCCUAUCUCUUCGACUUAG